ACACACUCGCUGCUUGCACACAUGUAAAAUGUACAAACAAACUUAAUUCCGUUUUUUUUUUUUUUUUUUUUUUUAUUAAUAAAACAUAUUUACAAUCCAUAAAUAAAGUAAAAAAAAUAACUCCAAUAUAUAUAUUUCUACAAAUAAAUAUAUUAAAAAAAAAAAAACAGUAAAAUGUGAUUAAACGAGAUUCAAAUUUCAAUUUGGUUAUUUUUUAUUUUGCAAUUUGUUGAUAUUGUAAAUAUACAUUGGGCAAUAUUAAUAAAAGUGUUUUUCAAUUUUUUUUUUUAUUCUACCAUGAUGAUGACCUAGGUGGAUUAUUAAAAAAAAAAAAUAAAAAAUAAAAUUCUUGAAAUUCCAGUUUAUUGGUCAAGAGUAUAUUUUAGUUAGUUGAGUGCAUUUCAUUCAGGUUAUAAACAUGUCACAUCAAUGAUUACAGUCGUCAAUAACGAGACAAAUUCCAUUAUUUAUAAAAAAAAAAUAAAUGAGUAUUGUAAUUGUUAGCUGGAUGAUCCAAAUGGGCAAUAAUAUUGGCCCAUUAUGGCCCAGCAUCAGCAAAUUAAUCAUCAACAUGAAUUUUUACCAUUGUGUGAUGUACUUUUUAAUAUAAUAUCACUUGGAUCAUAUUUUUGUGAUGUUGUUUUUGAUUUGGCUAUGAGUUAUUCCUUAGCUAAUUUACCAACAGCACCAACAACUCUAUUUCCAAUAAGUAUUUUACUUAUUAUAACGUCAUUAGUAAUAUCACAGAUUGUUAGUUUAAGAUGGUACUUAUGGGGUCCACGUGGAAAAUUAAAUAAUCAGCUUAAUCAUGAGACAAAUAUAAAUCCUAAUGAUAAAAAAAAUUAUAGUAAUUGGAAAAUAUGGUUUGUUGUAUUUUUACAUAGUACACAAAUUGGAGUAUUAUGGAGAUAUUUUAAAUUAUUUAUUCCUGUUGAUUUGACAUAUGUCAAACAUGAGGUACGUGAACUUUGUGUUUUACGUUUGAUACAUGGAUUUUGUGAAGCAGCACCAAUGCUAUUAUUGCAAUUAUAUUUAUUGUCAAUUGGUAUUGAUGACAAUGAAUUAAUAAAAGAUGAUAAACAAGAUAAUUUAUCAAGUGUUUAUAAUAUUAAUGAAUUAUAUAAAUUAACAAUAUUAUCAGCUUGUUUAUCAUUGUGGAGUGUUUGUUGGGCUGUUGCUAGUUUUAGUAAAGGUGCUGCUAGAUUAAGAAAUUUAGAACGUUUAGUAUUAACAUGGUUGGGUGUAUUGGCACAAUUAGCAUGGCGUUUAGGUACAGUUAGUGCAAGAGUUGGUGCAUUAGUUGCAUAUGCAUCAUUAUAUGGUGGUAAAUGGUUAAUAAUUGUUAUGGCAUUACAUUGGUUAUCAAUGUUAACAUGGUUAUUAUUAACACCAGAUGGUUUAUUUAAUGGUAAUGAAAAAUUAUCAAUUAAAAAAAAAACUUUUUUAGCAUCAUUACUUGCAUUUAUUUAUGUAUUUUCAUAUGUUAAUCUUCAUGAAACAAAUCAUCGUCAAAAAAUGAUUAUAUUUUAUACAGUUAUGUUUUUAGAAAAUAGUUUAUUAAUUGGUAUAUGGGCUGUUGGUGUUAAUUCAAAUAGUGAUAUACAAUUAUUUCAAAAUCAACCAAAACCAAUAUUACUUGUAUUAAUAUUACUUGGUUUAUUUUUUGGUGGUAUAUGUUUUAUGGGUUUAUACUAUCGUUUCUUUCAUGUUAGAAGAUGGCGAUAUGAAGCUGGUGGACGUAUGAAUAUUACAAAUGCUGUUACAACAUUUUCAAAUAAUGAAAAUAAUGAUGACAAGCAUAAUAAUAAUAAUACCACUAAUAAUAAUCAUAAAAAAAUUAAUAAUGGUUGUUCAAUAAGUAUGCGUAAAGUUAAAGUUAAUAAUAAUGGUAUACCUGGAGUAUUUAAUUGUCGUUUUGCAAAUCCAACUGUUGUUAAUCCAAAUAGAAAGAAAAAAAAACCAACAACAUUUGUACCACCACCGCCACCACCGACGCAACAAACAACAACUACAUUAUUAUCAUCAUCAUCAACAACAUCACAACAACAUCAUCAUCACCAUCAUCAAGCUGAUGAUGCUGUUGUUGGUAGUGGUUGUAAUGAUAAUACAAAACCAUGGUUAAAUUGUAAUAAUACAAAACAAACAACACCAUUUUGGAAAAGACCAUUGUCUAUUGUUGAUAAUAUUGAUAAUCAAUCAAUUGAUAUUGAUGAUAAUUAUGAUUUAUCAAUAAGUUCAUUAAAUAUAAAUUUAAUACAUGAAAAAUUACGUGAAAAAAAACAACAACAAUUACGUGAAUUACGUAAAAUUGAAGAAGAAAUAAAACAAGGUAAAUUAGUACCACCAUCAGCAUCAACAUCAUCAUUUUCAUCAUCAUUAUCAGCAACAAAUCAACAACAACAACCACCAAAUACAAAAUUACAUAAUACAACAAAUUCUGAUUUAUCAAUUGCCAAAGUAAAUUUAACAAAUAUUUAUAAUAUUGAUAAUACUAAAAUAUCAUGGCCACCAAUUAAAAUGCAUUGUCUUAAUUCAAAUAUAACAACAUCAUCAUGUCAUAAUAAUAAUAAUAAUUAUUCGACAAAUAUAUUUAAAGGAUUAAAUAAACAUGAACAUGAACAAUCUGAUAAUCAAGAAAUAUUACUUGAACCAAGAUGUUUACCACAUCAUUAUCCACACUGGACAUCUGAACUUGAAGAAAGUUGUAAUAAUGCUGAGGAUGAUAGUUCAAAAGGUGAAUUGGUUGAGGUUGAGGGUGAAAUAAGUGAUAUGGAGGGCAGUCAAGUAUCAUUGCCAAAAAGUUAUACAUUACUACGUGAAUUUCAGUAUGAUAAUUCAAACAAUACAUCUAGAGAACGUCGUUGUAUUACAAAUAAAACACAAUCUUCACAUUUUUAUCUUCCUUCAACUAACAGUUCAGAUGGUGAUGUUGAUAGUGCUGAUAAUGAAGAAGAGACAGAUUAUGAAUUACAAGAUAAUAUAAAACAAUUAAAUAAUUUAAGUAAUGAUGAUAAUUUAACAAAACGUUUGACAAUAUUACAUAGUGAUGAUAGUAAUAAUUUAAAUAUUGAUAAUGAUAAAUCAUCUGAUUGUUAUUUAAAUAAUUCAUAUGUUCCAAGAGUUAAUCAAAUACUCAAAUCUAAAGUUAAACAUGAAACUAAAUUAUAACGAAAUUAUAAUAAUUAGUUUAUUAUUAUUUUUUUUUAUUUAAAAAAAUUAAAGAAUAUAAGACUGUAAUUUAAAAUUUUUUGACAAUCAAUUAAAUAUAUAUAUAUUUUUUUUAAAUUAAUAUUAUCAAUGGCAAAAUAAUAAUUAUGAUUUAUCAUGGUUUUUUAGGAGAAAAAAAAAAAUUCAAGUUACCUAAAUAAAUACAAAAUUAAUAUUUUUGUAUAUUUAAUUAAACAAAUAUGUAUUUUAUUAAUAUUUAUUAUUAUUAAUCAAAUUAGCUAUAAGUAAACUUGAUAAAAUGUUUGUUAUUUAAAUAAACAAUGGAUAGAUUAAUUUACAAUUUUUUGAUACUUUUGUAAAUAAAAAUAAAUAACUAAAAAAAAAAGCAAAAA